ACAUUUCAUCAGGCACAUCACUAGACAGCCACGCUCUCAGCCGAAGGAGCGUCUCGACGUCAUCUGUUUUGGCAGCGAGCUGCAGUGAACCUCACCACGGUUCUCUUGGUACUUUUUAAUCAGGAAAAUUCAACCGUUUUUACUAAAUAUCCCCCAGACAGCAGAGAUGUCAUCGCCACUGUCAAAGCCUCAGAUCAUUGCGCACAUUCAGAAGAGUUUGAACUACACCGUGUUUGACAGCAAAUGGAUUCCCUGCAGCGCCAAGUUUGUCUGUCUGGGGAACUUUCCCAGAGGAACCGGAGUAAUGCAGAUAUAUGAAGUUCAGCACGGAGAGGCUCAACUUAUCAAGGAGAUAGAGAGACCUAAACCCAUAAAGUGUGGCACAUUUGGGGCCACCUCUCUUCAACAGAGACACAUAGCAACUGGGGAUUUUGAAGGAAAUCUCAAUAUAUGGAAUCUGGAGAUGCCAGAAGUGCCAGUGUACACUGUAAAGGCCCACAAAGAGAUAGUAAAUAGUAUUGAUGGUGUUGGCGGCCUCGGGAUUGGCGACGGUGCACCUGAGAUAGUCACUGGAAGCAGAGAUGGGACAGUAAAGGUGUGGGAUCCGAGGCAGAAGGAUUCACCUGUAGCCAACAUGGAGCCCAUAGAAGGCGAAACUAAGAGGGACUGCUGGACUGUCGCUUUCGGACAUGCCUUCAACGAUCAGGACCGCUGUGUGUGUGCUGGCUAUGACAACGGGGACAUCAAACUCUUUGACUUGCGGAAUAUGUCUCUACGGUGGGAAACCAACAUAAAAAAUGGGGUAUGCAGUGUGGAGUUUGACAGGAAAGACAUCAACAUGAACAAGCUGGUGGCCACCUCACUAGAGGGAAAAUUCCACGUCUUUGACAUGAGGACCCAGCACCUCACCAAGGGCUUUGCCUCUGUUUCUGAAAAGGCUCAUAAGUCGACCAUCUGGCAGGUGAGGCAUUUACCUCAAAACAGGGACAUCUUCAUGACUGCAGGGGGGGCAGGAAACUUACAUCUAUGGAAAUAUGAGUAUCCAGCUCACAGGAGCAAGAAGGACUCUGAUGGCGUGGAUGUGGGUGUAGCUGGCUCCGUCAACCUCUUACAGAACGCCACUCUGUCCACACAACCAAUCGCCAGCCUGGACUGGAGCCCCGACAAGCAGGGCCUGUGUGUGUGUUCAGGAUUCGACCAGUCUGUCCGCGUGCUCAUUGUCACCAAACUCAACGCAGUGUGAAAAAGUAGGCAGAUGAGGAAGUUCUGUGCAGCUCGACCCAAAUGAAGAGAAGUUACUGCUCUUUUUAUGAGGCAGAAGACAAUAGUUUCCUACUGCUGGUAAUAGUAGCGGUCUAUCUAGAUUUUAUACAGUUGAUACUAAUCUUUAGACUUUGAACUGGGAAAUCCUUUGUUGAGGUUAUUUUGUUUUGUCUCUGUUAAAUGUGAUCCCUGAAAAAUGUGUUUGGCUGAGCCUGCAGACAGUGUCACCCUGCAGAGCAGAGAAACACCUCUGAGUCAUACAGCCGCUGGCGUGGAAUAACACUUUAAGGAUGGAGACUUUGUGUCUUUUAUCGGUUUCCAUUUUUGUAGGAUACCCACUGAAACACCUGUUGUUGUUGUUGCACUAUUGUUUCGUUGAACAUUAUAAUAUUCCAGUUUUGUCUGUUAACGUUGUCGCUUUUGAUAUAUCAUUUUUAUUGAGAAUUCAAAUUAAAUAUGCCUUUGGAGAAAAAGA